AUAAUCAGAUAAUGUUUUCCAGAUCCAUAGCCAGUAUUAUUAGGUUAGAUAACUGGAACUGAUGCUCUGAAGUGGUUCUUGAUUUGCUCAAACAAUACUAUGCGGUCAAAAAUAUUAUUGUUAGUUGUUCUGAUCUCGCACAUAUUCACUCAGUUGGUAGUUGCUACUGAAGAUUGCAAAGGUGAAAACCAAUAUCUGGAUUCAAAUGAUGGAAAGUGCAAACAAUGUCAAAAAUGUCCACCUGGUCAGCAACCUAAAGGACAUUGUGGAUAUGGUGAGAAACACAGCGGAUAUAAAUGUGAGAGUUGUCCUGGCAAUACUUUUUCCAAUCAACAUGACUAUAAUUUGUGUGUCGUUUGUAAGCCUUGUGCAACUUGGAAUUCUGUGGUAGCCAAAGAAUGUAGUAGCAAAACCAAUAGAGUGUGUGGUGCCUGUUUAAGCGGACAUUUCAAACCAAUGAAAAGUGAUGGAACAAUGGAUGAUGAAUGCCAUUUGUGUUCUGAUGCAACAAAAGAUAAUCCUCAAUGUCAAAAUCCAGAAACAGUUCCAUGGAAAAAGAUAGCUUUUAUUGUUGGAGGAAUAUCAGUUUUGCUAACUUUGAUUUUUGGGAUUAUUAUAUGUGUCCUGUGCAAAAAAAAAGUGAUUCAAUGUGGAUUUAGUCCUGCUUCAGUAACAGGGAAAUCCAGUCAAAAAGAUAAUAGUAGUCAUAGGAGUAGCAUUACCGAGCAAUCACCUAUGAUGGAGAAAGCUCUUCUGACAAGUAAAGAUGAGAAGGCCUGUGUACCUGGUUUAAAUCUGUUACGAAGCCGCUGCCAUUGGUCAGAGAGUGAAGAUGGAGAGGAUAUGGAUGGACAUGGAGUUCAUGUUGUUCAGGAUGUUGACCAGUCAAUAAACAAUGGUCAAGCAGAAACUGUACUCUCCAAGUCACCUUUGGUUGUCGCAAGUCAAUAUGAAGAAAAAUCUGAAAUUCAAAUGAAGGCUGAACCGACUCGCAGUCCAUUAUUGCCUGCUGAAAUUAUGAGCAUUGUUACUACCAACUCAAACUAUUCCAACAUGCCAACAGCUGAGUAUGAUGAAGAUGUGCCAGACAAUAACAUGCCAACCAUGCCAAUGACUGGGAACAAUUUACCAUCGUACUCCAACCUCCCAACUCGCCAGUAUGAGGAAGAAAAAAUGGAAUCAACUCUGAAUCGCAACUCAAAUUCAUCUACCAGACCAAUAAUACAAGAGAGCUUGAGUUCCACUCACUCAUUUCGUCGCAGAGGAAGUGCUGGAGCAAAUCGUAAACGAAGACCUCAUCUUGUUGACACAACAAGCAGUAUUGAAAGUUUACUCGACAAUGUUGAUCGGGACAGUAAACUCGUUGGAGGAAAAAGAACAUCUAUAUCUCCUCUUGGUCAAGAUUACGUUGCAGUUGAAUUUUUUGACACUGGAAGCAUUGAUAAUGACUUGACCAAGCCGCAUAUAGUUGCCAAUCGUACCACAAAUUCACCCUGUCAGAAUCCAGCGUCGAGAACUGUCUCCCCAACAUUUAGACCAGCUACUCCUACAUCAUGUAACCAGUCCCGUCCUGUCAACUUUCAAACAAAUAUGUCAUGCCAACCUCAUCCUAACAUUAUCCGUCCAAGACCUGUUAUUCCCACAUCCUUUCCGAAUGGUUCACUGAUUCCACCUCCAAAUGUAAGAAGUAACUCAUUGAAACACCAGUCACAACAGUCCUGCGAACCUUGUUCACUAAACAGAAGUUUGUCAUCCUCUGAAGCUAUCUUGUCAAGUCACACUAUAAAUAUACAGAAAAUCAAAGAGAAAUUUGAAGAAGCCUGCAUUAGAGUCAAAGAUCAACCCCUGGACAAGCUGGAUUCCAAUUUAGCAGACAGGAUUACGUUGAAACUCACAGACAGACCAGAAGGAACAGGAGAAGCUUAUCCAACCAUCAAGACAUGGCGGCACGUCGCCAAUUGUUUCAAGAUUGAAGCAGUAACCGUGGAUAACUCCCGAUCAUUAUCUGACAUACUACGCUACCUGAGAGCCCACCGAAGACACACCAUUAGAGAUUUGUUAAAUGCAGUCAACCACAUUCAACGCUAUGAUGUUUUGUCAGACAUUUGCAACCAUAUUUUAGGACUGCAAGAAAGUGAAAGUGCCAUGAAUCACUUUGAAGAGCACAUUCCAAAAUGUGUUGUCACACAAGCUUAAAAGACGAAUAGGCAUUUCAAAAUACCACUGUAAAUAUAGAUAAUGUGUUCAGUUGAUUUUAGUUGAAAUUUGUCAAUAAUUAUGUGACUUAGUCAAGUGUGUUUGUUUGCUAAAAGACAUUCGUAUCUGCCAUAUCAUGGUGAUUUGGGCCAAGUUUUGCAAUUUCAAAAUCUAAAUACUGCCUGUUUAAUGUUUCGGAUUAUGCUUUGUAAAAUAUGUAUAUAAUGUUUACUUUUUAUAUUAAUUUGCUGUAUAUACUUUUGCUUUGUGCCUUUGAAUUUGUAUUUCACCAUAUUUCUUGCCCUGAUUUAAGGCACAGUUUUCUUAAUGCAUUUUUUAUUAUCAAUAAAUAAUAAGCUAACUGAAUUGUUAUGGGUUGAGUCAAUUGUUUGCUCAGCAUAUCAUUGUUUUUCUGACCCACUGGAGUGGAGUUGCAAUGUCGACGACAUACCGAACCUUAAAA